GCCACUCUCAGUUUCUCUCACUAAAAAAUUGAAAACAAAUUUGGGGAGAGAGAGAGAGAGAGAGAUGGAGAACAACGCGACGAGGAUACUGGAAGAGAUCAAAUCUUCCGAUCUUAUCGAGAACCGGGUUCAAUUACUCACACGGCUCGUCCAGUUAGAUACAGCAGAGAACUCCGACGUCUCCUCUUUUGUGGAGAGCCUAACAUGUUUGUUGAACAAAGCAAUUCUGCCUGUGGCUUCUAAAUACCUAGCUUUGGAUCGGCCUGACUGCUCUCACUACUUUCUUGCUUUUGGUACUAAGGCAAGCCAAUGGUGUGCAAAACAUUUGAACAUGUCUGUAAUGUCAAUGGAGGAGUCUCAAGAGGAAGAGCAUUCAAACGUUUUCUUCCAGCUUCUUUUGGAUUAUCUUCGCUUUUCUGCCUCAAGCUUUACUGCUAUUGGAAAAAUAUGUUUCACGAGUGAUGAGUCCUCAGCUGUUACAGUUCAUAAGUUUGUUUCAGAGCAGCUGAAUUUGACAAAGGAAGUGAUAUUGAAUGCCAAGGUUGAGAUUAGUGUUUUGCAUUGUUCUCAUCUGUUGAUAGCUUUCAGCAUUCUUUUGAGACAGAAAGUUGAAUCCUUUUCCUCCGAGAUUUUUAAGGCGGCGCAAGUGGUGAUUGAUUCUGUUGUUCGUCUGUGCAAAGAUUUCUCUCCAACAGUGAAUCAGUGCUUAAAUGAAACCAAGACUAGUGGAAACGUAGGUAUAGCAAGGAUGGAGGAAGGCAAUACUGUGUGUAAUUUGGUAAGCAUAAUUACUCUGGGAGUUAAUUCUCUGAGUGAAUUGGGUAUGCUUGCUGCAAGAGAUGGUGGCAAUCUUGUGACCAUUCUGAAUACAUCAUGGAAGGGUGUGAUUUCAUUGCUUCAGAUAGACAAGCAGAUAUUGGUAUCUAAGGUAGAUGUGGGAGAAAUCAUUUUAAAGCUAUUAUCACUGAUCAAGGAGUCCCUGAGAUUUGCUGCUGAGGCUUGGUCUUGCUCGGCGAAGGAAAACAUAUCUGCAACAGAAGCCAGAAGGGUCUUUCUUCCAGUGAAAUUUUAUCUUAUCAACGCUGUUAAAGUUGUGGCGCUGUUUCCAAGCCAGGCGUCUAUGGUGUUUAAGGAAAUAUCACUCUGCAUCUUGAUGAUAUCUGCUUUCAGAGUUUCACUGAGCCAACAAACCCAUGGCAAAUCCGCGAGUGAAGUAAUGACUGAUCUUCUAGAGAAAACGACUGUAGAUCUUCUAAGCGCACUGUUGAACGCAGGUGAGACAACACAAGAAUUCAGGCUCACACUUCUUGAUUCGUUGUUCGUAGAUGAACAAUGUUUUUCAAACCAAAUUUGUAAGAGACAGAGCCAUGAUUCUCAGACAAAAACAUCAUUGGUGGAUAUUUUGUCUAUAUCUGCUGAAUCCGCAACAAGUACCGGAGUUUUGCUCCUGGCCAGAGUUGUAUUGUUCCAGUCUGUUAUGAGGUAUUCUUCUGAGCUGGAAGCAGAUGCGAAGUUUGCAAUCACCAAAAAGCUGCAUUGGCUUCUCGACGUAUUAAUAGACAGAGAGGUUUACUCUUCAAUCCUCUGCUCUCAGCUUCCAGUGGUAGAUGGUUCUGGGAAGACAAUAAUCUGGGAAUCGAUGUUUUCAGCUCUGCUUCUAUCUCUCAAAACCCUUAUGGUUAUUCUGUCUUCAUCUCCUGCCUGGGAAGAGCUUGAAACAUUCUUACUCCAGAAUCUCUUGCAUCCCCACUUCUUGUGUUGGCAGAUAGUUAUGGAACUAUGGUGCUUCUGGGUUCGUCAUGCCACUGAGGAUUUGGUGGCCAAUAUGAUCGAUAAACUUUGUAUAUUCAUGAUGUCAGUGUCAUCGUCAGAAGCGCUGCUUUGUCCUGAUUCCGUUCUCAGGAGAACUACCAAGUCCAUAUGCUUUCUUCUUACUCACAGCCCCAAAUCUUUAACAGCUCGAGUUUACAAAAACAUUACCACUGAGAGUAGAUCUGAAUCUGCACCUGAUGUAUAUCUAGCCUUGCUGUUAGACGGUUUUCCGCUGAAUUUUCUUCCCGACAGAACAAAAAACGAGGCGAAGGAACAGAUCAUUACAGAUUUCUCCCACUUCAUUGAGGAUUUCAAUGAAAAACCAUCAAAGCCCUCCAGGCACACUGUGGUUGGAGCUCCUGUUUUCGCACUCUCUGCUUACCUUCGGAUACUAAAAAUGAGCAUUUCAAAGAUUGACUCCAAAACUCUGAAAUUUGCCGUCGCUCUCAUUCAAAAGUACAGAAACUCGAAAGAUGAAACGACAAAGGAUCGUUACAGUGAGAUUCUCAGCGAGACGCUAUCAAUCAUCUCAAGAAACGAGCAGCUAUACACUUACCACGAGAUGGAUAAUGUCAUAACAGAGCUUCAAAGGCUUUUCAUUUCAGAGACUGAUAAUCAUCAUCAUCUCCAUAAAUCGAAGCCAAACCUCGCCCUCUUCUUGUCAGGACUUGGCAGAUACGAGAUGUCUGAAACUGAAACCUGUCCAAAGAGCCGGGCGGUCUGGGAAAUCUACCAUUUGCUGCUCAGAAAACGCCACUGGGCUUUGGUACACCACGCGGUUACUGCGUUUGGGUAUUUCUGUGCACGUACGAGCUGUAACCAGCUAUGGAGAUUCGUACCUGAAGACGCUGCUUUAGCCUUCGAUAUAGGUUCUGGAAAAGGAGCGAAAACAGAGAGGUUCAUGUCGGAAUUGAAGAUGUUCUUGGAGAAAGAAGAAGCGCUUCUCUCGGUCACACCUUCACAAGAGGAACUCGAGUUACUUUCGAAAGAAGGCACGGAGGUCAAGGCAGCAGUGCAGAAGCUUCUAGAAGGAAGAAGCCAGCUGAGAUCAAUGGAAGUAGAGAAACGAUCGAACAAGAAAAGGAAACUUCCAGAAGGAAUUAGCAGAGGAGUGGAGUUAUUGCAGAACGGGAUGAAGAGGAUCAACGAGGGUUUAAGGGAGUUGGGAUCAAAUGAAAAUGAGAAUGAAGAGUUUCAAAAGAGUUUCUUGAAUCAGUUUUCGUGUCUUGAAGAUUUGGUGUCUCAUUUGGUAAGCCUCGCUGCUUCGGACUAAUGUAUGUAUUUUCUUACUACAGUAGUCUACUUUUGCGUUUGCGUCAAUUGAGAAAGAGAGAAAUCACCACUUGUGAAAUCUUAUUAGCUUAAUUUUUGUAGCGUACAUGUAAAUCAAAUAUAUAUGUAUGAGGAAACAAAACCGCAUUAAACCUCAUUCGUUAUUAUUAUUCGUUAUCCUCCUGGGUGUCCAAAAUGACUGUAGAAUCUUCUUUCCACACAACAUCAUCAUAAGAAAACACAUUGGCGAAACAAGAAACCAGCUGUUGAUGAAUCACCUCGUCUGAAGGAAGCAGAGUAUCUGUCUCUCUUCUCAAAGAUGUAACUUCUUUAUCAGCAAUUCCACAAGGCACAAUGUGCUCGAAGUAGUUCAAAUCAGGAUCUAUGUUAAAGGCCAAACCGUGACAAGUGAUCCCAGAGGAUAUCCGAACCCCAAUAGCACCCAUCUUCCUAUCUCCGACCCAAACCCCAGUCUCACCUUUGUGUCCUGCGCGAGCCUUCACGCCAUAAACCGAAGCAAAUUCGAUCAUCGACCGCUCCAACGCCUCUACAUAGUUCCUAGCACCGAUACCGAUGCUGCGUAAGGAAACGAUGGGAUAUAAAAUGGCUUGACGAGGGCCAUGGAAAGUGAUAUCUCCUCCUCUUUGAGUAUAAUGAAGCUCAGCUCCAAUUUUCGUGAGUUCAGCUUCAGGGAUCAGUAGGUUGUGAUCGGUUCUACGUUUUCCGAGCGUGUAAGUUGGUGGAUGCUGAAGCGAGAGGAGGGUAUCCGGGAUUAGAUUCGCUUUUCUCUCCGAAACCAACUUGUCUUGAAGUUUAAGGGAUUUCAAAUAGUUCACAGUGCCUAGCUUCCAAACCUCCAGGGUUCUUGGGGAUCUCAUGACCUUUUUGAUUCUUCUCCUCCAACCUCCACCGAAGAGUUUGACCUCAGAGAUAAUUGCUCUCUGAGAUUAGAAUUUUGGGUUUAUUCUUUUAUUAAGCUUCCAAAUUGAACGACUUUGUUAAUUGUACCCCUUAAGUUUCCGAAAUCUCACAAAAAUACACGCCAUAUCCAGAUUCCAGAGCGAAACCCGAUAAUCCAAACAGAUAUCAAUUUAUUAAAAGGGAAAUUUCCGUGGAUGAUGAUGAUGUUUCUUAUCCUUGUACAUCAGAAUUAAGAACAAUACGCAUACAAAGAAAGGAUUCUACACUUUCAAAACUUAGGGGUCAAAUUCGAAAGACCAAGCUAAACAAUUCUAUUUCCCGAGCAGGUGACCGAAAAAAGGUUCUUUCAGUUUUCCAAUUGUUUGAGCUUAUCUAGGCACCGGUUCAUCAUUCGAUUCUCCUCUUCAGACAAGGAUUUGCUAGAUUGUUUUAACCUCUCCGUCUCGCACUUCAAGGCUCUGUCUUUACACGCUCUGAUGCAACCGCUGAUAUCGAGCAAGUUGAAGACCACCGGACAGUUUCCGAUGCUUUUGACCAACGUCAUCGCCGACCAAACUUGUCUGUGUUCCUCUCUUGAUGAUCUUACAAUGCAAAGCUUUGUGAUCGGGUUCUCAUAUUUUACCUGGAAAGAUCCAAGAGAAGAGCCGAGACCACACUCGCCGAAAUUGACGAGGAUGCUGUCUUUAAUUGCUUUCGAGAGAUUGAAUUGUGUAAGAAUAAUCGGAUUUCCUUCUCCGAGAAGAUCCUUGUCCGGGUCUAGAAAAACCUCCAUCAACAUGUAUCUGUUCUUAAAUCCCACCAUCUUCUUCGGAUCUCUCUCGACUUGCAGAUAACAAACACAAGCGCCGGCUGAAAAAACUUGAGAGGGG